GAUACGGCAGGUUGUGGCUAUCAGGACGGUGCUGCCGCAGUCCCUAGUGUGGGUGGGUGGCGUGCGGUGCUGUGUGGUUGUGUGUGGUGCCGUUGUCCGUCUCCCCCCCCUCUCACUCCCCCCGGGCUGGCUGGCGGGCUCCUCUGACAUGGCUGAGACGGAGGUUCGGGAGCUGGGCCGCGGCACCUUCGGGAGGGCCAUUCUGGUUAAGAGAGGAACACAACACUUGGUCCUGAAGAAGGUGAGCAUGGAAAGUAUGGAACCGCGCCACAGGGAUUUCCAGCUCCAGGAGGCGAAGGUUUUGAAGGACCUCUCCCACCCUAACAUCGUCUUCUACAAGGGGUGCGAGCAGCGAGGCCACACUCUGCACCUGUAUAUGGAGUACUGCGAGGGCGGCGAUCUCCUGCAGGCGAUACGGGCGAAGGCACCGAACCACUUCCCCGAAGACACCGUGAGGGCCUGGGUGCGGCAGCUGGCAUCGGCCCUAGAGUACGUCCACAAGAAGCGCAUCCUCCACCGGGACCUUAAGCCCAGCAACGUGUUUCUGAACAGCGACAAGACCAGCCUCCAGCUUGGGGACUUCGGACUGGCGCGGGUCUUCUCCUCUGGGUCCUUGGGCGUCACACAUACCACCCUCGGCACGCUGGCUUACAUGGCCCCGGAGGUGUUCAGGGGGCAGCCGUAUGAUGCCAAGGCCGACAUGUAUUCCCUGGGGGCGUGUGUCUUCCACAUCACCUCCCUCACACCCCGACGGCACGGGGCAGAGGUGCCCGCCAAUUUUAGCGUCGCACUUCGCCGCCUCAUCGAAAGCCUCCUCUCAGACCUGCCUGGGAACCGUCCCACCGCUGAGGCUGUGCUGGGGGACGCCGCCCUUGGCCCCCCUCCUGACCAGAUCACCAUCAUCGUGCACGGCGUAGAUGGUGUCGUAGCGAGCCUCAAGGUGUCUCCGGCCACCACCACGGUCGAGGACGUCAAACAAAAGAUACACAGCCUCCGCGGCAUCGACCCGUCUUCCGUCAGCGUCGUCUUCAGCGGCACCACCCUGAAGGAGCAGCACACCCUCACACGUUGCAGGGUGAAGCACGGGGACAACCUGAGAAUCAUCCUGAAGUACGUGGGGGGCGAUGACGGCGGUGAAGUUGGUGGUGGUGAUUUACAUAGAUUUACAUAGAAAAUCAGAACACACAGACCCCAUGGCUCCAAAACGUUCCAUUUCAACUCUAGUUAAUAUUAAGUUGAAGGAAGUGACGGUCGAGCUUGUUUUUAAAGGAGUCAAUCGUGUUACACUGGACCACUGAAGGAAGGCAGGGAGCUUAUUCCAUUCUCGCACUACAACGUUGGUGAAGAAAAAUUUGGUGCAGUCUGAAUUUACUUGUCUACAUUUGAGUUUUACGCCAUUGUUUCUCGUGAGUGUAGGGAGGGUGGAAAUGGUGGUAUUGGUGUGUGAUAGCUGAUUAGGGCAGCCACCUCAGGAAUCUUUAGCCAAGGUGACGGAACUGAGCAGAGGCAUUGAAUCUUGAAGAACCUUGAAGAAAAAAAUCCUGCAUGCCGACGUCUGUACUGCAUCGCGUCACUUGAAUUGGUUGCCCGUUGUUACUUGAAUUGGUUGCCUGUUGUUACUUGAAUUGGUUGCCUGUUGUUACUUGAAUUGGUUGCCUGUUGUUACUUGAAUUGGUUGCCUGUUGUUACUUGAAUUGGUUGCCUGUUGUUACUUGAAUUGGUUGCCUGUUGUUACUUGAAUUGGUUGUCCGUUGUUACUUGAAUUGGUUGUCCGUUGUUACUUGAAUUGGUUGCUCGUUGUUACUUGAAUUGGUUGCCCGUUGUUACUUGAAUUGGUUGCCUGUUGUUACUUGAAUUGGUUGCCUGUUGUUACUUGAAUUGGUUGCCCGUUGUUACUUGAAUUGGUUGCCUGUUGUUACUUGAAUUGGUUGCCUGUUGUUACUUGAAUUGGUUGCCCGUUGUUACUUGAAUUGGUUGCCCGUUGUGUCUAGUUUUCAGGUUGGUUUCAGUGCAAAAAAUUGGAGUGAUCGACAAUUUAUCUUUUCCACAGUAAAGGAAGCAGCUCUGGGGCAAGAAAAACAUAUGAAAACAAAACAGCCCACGUAAAUGACUGCUCUUUCGGCCACCUCUUCGGAUUCUUUACUGGAGCAGCGAGUAGCGGCUUUUUUUUUUGUUUCCUUUUUUGUGUGCCCUUAUGCUGUCUCCUUUGCUGUAAAAAAAAAAACCCGCUAAUCACUGUUCUUACAAGAGAGUAGAGAAGAGUGGUCAAAGGAGAGGUCAAUUCCGGGUAGAGAGGUGUCCUGAUACUCCCCUCUUGUUAAGGUAUAUGAAGACUUGUAGCCAAUCCCCGCGUAGUCCUCUCUAUCCCAACGCUUAGAAGUGAAGUUGUUAAGUCGUUUUGCAUAAGGUAAAGCCCUCAAUGCAGCGCGUCACCGAAAUCUAUCCAGUAAUUCAAUGUCCUUCCUGUAGUUAGGGGACCAGAAGGGCACUGCGUAUGCAAGGUGAGGUCUUGCCAAUGUCAUACAAAGACAACAUUACCACAUGGGUCUUACACUCAAAGUUCCUCGCUAUGAACCCGAGUAUAGUUUUAUCUUUUUUUUCUCAAGCGGAUUAUGGUGGAGGAGGAGGAGGAGGAGGAGGACUACGACGACGACCAGCCAGGAUUUUUCCCGCAAUGUUGAAUGCAAUUGUGACGCCCCUUCCUUCCGGCCUAGUCAUUUGUAAUUAUUCUUGUUGUUGUUCUCAUUGCUGUUGUUGUUGUUUUGUUUGUUGUUGUGAUUUUACAGUUUUUACUAUGUGAUGAUGAUAAGAACAUAUGAACAAAAGAACGUAGGAGUCUGCAAGAGGCCGAUGGGCAGCUCCUUUGAACCUAAGCUCCCGUGAAUCUAACCCCACCUAAUAUCACUGUCCAAUGUGUCCAUGAAUUUAUCUAAUCUAUUUUUUAAUGUGACAAUUGUGUUGGCACUCAUCUACAAAUCUGUUAGUAAACCAAUUUUUGCCUAUGUCCCUGUUGAAUCUGAAUUUAUCCAGUUUAAACCCAUUACUUCGUGUCCUACCCGGUUCUCUUACCAACAGAACCUUAUGAAUAUCCUCCUUAUUAAAGCCCUUCAUCCAUUUAUAAACCUCGAUCCUGCCUCCACGCACCCUUCGCCUUUCUAGAGAAUGAAUGAUGAUGAUGAUGAACCUCCGGAAGGUGAUAUAUUGGGAUGAUAAUGAUGAUAGUGACAAUGGCAACGAUGAUGAUUAAAAAAGCGCAAAAUA